AUGCCUUCGCAGCCCAACGACCCGCAUGUCGCUAACGACCCCUUACCCGAGGACUCCUCCUCCGAUCAAGCUGAAACCGCCAUCGCGCCUCCAGGACAUCAGACGAUUACCAGACGUGAGACCCCUUCUCCUUACGACUCUGACAGUGACGACAACGAACGGGAUGAACCUUUGCUCGACCUCAACAAUAUCAACAAAAUGGACAUCACCACCCUUCGAUACAUGCUUAUUAAACUCAUCAUUCGCAAACGAGCUGCUUCGGCUAUAUACAAAAAGCCCUCUCGCCGUCCCAACUUAUAUGAAGAACUCUCUUCGAUUAAGGAUGCCCUGAGGGAAACACCCAAACUAACCACAAAGAACUGGUAUUCUUGGAACCAACAUUUCCGGGACAUUUUGUCCACCUGGUCCCCGGCUCUCAAACAUCUCGACGGCAUCACUAAACCGGGUGAUAGGAAGUUCGACCGCAAACUCGACUGCCACCUCUGCUUGAUCCUUCCAAGCAGCACCAAAUCCACAGGCCCCGACAACGUCAACUAUCUAUUCCUCCGACCCGCUAAGGCCGAGCCAUGGAGACUACACGAACUGUACAACCACCUCAAGAACUACCUUACUAAGAUGGUGUACAUUGCAGAGUAG